UACAAUAUACAAACUAUGCAAUUUCAAUGCUUUUGGUUUGGGGUAUAUUUUUGUUAAGCAGCCAUGUCAAAUCUGCUAUGAAUUACUGUACCGUUUUUUACUGUGGUUCAAUACCCACUCAAGUGAUUGUUUUAUCAAUUUGUCCACAUGCAGUUCAACCUAAAUGACAAAUCCGGCUUACUAAAUUUAGUACAUCUAGUAAUCUUUGAUCAUGUGUGAUUCACUUAGCAGCAAAGCUCAGUAUGAUACUGACUGGUGUCCGAUGCUUUUCCUAGCUCCACUUAAAAAUAUCCAUUAGUUUAAAGUUGUAAUGUGCAUGAUAAUUACAUAAAAGCUAGCAUUGCCAAAUAUGCGUUUGAAAUGGUCAUCUAGUUUUAGUUGGCAGUAAAAAGAUUAGUACCAAAUAUUUAUUUUAAUAAGAUGUGUAUAGUAUUCUGAUAGAGUUGUUAUAAUCUGUAUUAGUACAUAUGCACAUAAAAUACACAUGAAAAUACUGCUCUUUUUUUAGCAGAAGGGUGGUAUUCAAGAGGUAGCACCUGAUAGCAUCAAGCUGAAAUUAAAAAUAAAGCCACAUCUAUUUCUAGAUCUGAUUUUUAAACACUUACUCACUUGCCCUUGCUCUUGGUAGCACCAAAAAUUCUCCAAGGAGCGAGAGUAAGGAGUGUUUGCUAACCCCUAAAUGAGUUUGACUUACUACACAAUCUUAACUAUCUAAUAAAAUGCAUCACACACUAAAAAUUCCUUAUCUCAACUGAAAGACAAGCUAAAUCUUUUAAAUGGGGGUGGGAGAAGAGUAUGAGGGAGUUAUAGUUGUCAAACGAGAAAACAGGGAGGGAGGGUUCCUCUAUUUACCUGCCCCUUCAUUAGUUACUCAUUACCUGUUCUUUCCAUGUACUUUUACUAAAUCAUUAAGGAGAUGAAUUUUCAAACUAAGGGGAAACACAAUCAUAGAACGCAGAAAUAGUAUGUAGCAGCUUCGUUAGAUGUUCCUGUGUCCAGAAAACAGUAAAUAAAAUUUAAGUGCUUGAAGCCUUUAACUGACUGACGCAACAGCUAGCUAGGUCAGUACAGUCACUAAAAAACAGUGUUUGCCUUGAACAGUAGACAUCUGGGAAUUGCGUUGCUACCCCUUAUCAUAGAAUCAUAGAAUAGUUUGGGUGGGAAAGCACCUUCAAAGGUCAUCCAGUCCAACAACCCUGCCAUGAGCAGGGACAUCUUCACCCAGAUCAGGUUGCUCAGAGCCCCGUCCAGCCUGGCCUUGAAUGUCUCCAGGGACGGGGCAUCCACCACCUUUCUGGGCAACCUGGGCCAGUGUUUCACCACCCUCAUUGUACAAAAUUGCUUCCUCAUGUCUAGUCUGAAUCUCCCCUCCUUAAUUUAAAACCAUUACCCCUAGUCCUAUCACAGCAAGCCCUGCUAAAAAGUCUGUCCCCAUCUUUCUUAUAAGAAAAAUGUCCCCUUUUAAGUACUGAAAGGCCACAAUAAGGUCUCCCCGGAGCCUUCUCUUCUCCAGGCUGAACACCCCAACUCUCUCAGCCAGUCCUCACAGCAGAGCUGUUCCAGCCCCCUGGUCAUCUUGGUGGCCUCCUCUGGACCCUCUCCAACAGGUCCUUGUCUUUCUGUACUGAGGGCUCCAGAGCUGGAUGCAGGACUCCAGGUGGGGUCUCACCAGAGCAGAGGGGCAGAAUCACCUCCCUCGACCUGCUGGCCACAUUCCUGUUGAUACAGUCCAGGGUACGACUGGCCUUCUGGGCUACCAGCGCACAUUGCCAGCUCAUGUCCUGUCUUUGAUUCACCAGUACCUCCAAAUCCUUCUCAGCAGGGCUGCUCUCAAUCUCUUCAUCCCCUAGUCUGUUUCGAUAUUGGGGGUUGCCCUGACCCAGGUGCAGGACCUUGCACUGGGCCUUGUUGAACCUCAUGAGGUUCACAUGAGCUCACUUCUCGAGCUUGUCCAGGUUCCUCUGGAUGGCAUCCUGUCCCUCAGGCAUGUCACCUGCGCCAGUCAGCUUGGUGUCAUCUGCAAACAUGCUGAGGGUGCACUCCAUCCCACUAGGUCAUUGACGAAGAUAUUAAACAGUACUGGUCUCAGUAUGGACCCCCGAGGGACACCACUUAUUACUGGUGUCCGUCCAGACAUUGUGCCAUUGAGCACUACUCUCUGGGUGCGACCUUCCAGCCAGUUCCUCACCCACUGAAUAGUCCAUACCUCUCUAGUCGAUGCUAACCAGAAAGUGUUGGAAAGGAACUCCGUGUUUCCGAGUGAAUCUCUGCUAGGCACUCUGAGUCAAUUCUGCAGAGUAUCUGCCUGCUGUAUGACUUUAUUGUACCUCACAAAAAUGACGGCGAAUGCUGAUCACUCCCUGAAAAAUUAGUUCAGACUGAGGGACUGUAGGUGCCAUCAAGCUCAUUCUGUCCCAGCAGCAACUUUGUUGAUCCAGCUAGUGUUUUGGUAGCCUUGUCUGAAGUGUCCUGUAACCUGCCAGCCUGGGGCAGAUGGAGGAAAUAUCUGGAGUGCACCUUGUGACUAAGGGCCUGGGAAUGCUGCCCGUGCACCACAGCCUGGAAACCCUGGAGUCUACAUGCUCUGGGGUCAUGUACUUAACAUCAGGUACACUUAACAAUAAUAAUCAGCUGCCCCAAAUGGAUCAAAAGAUGUACAUAUGAAUUAUGUUCCUAAUAAACUCUCAGUAAGUAACUAUAUAACAGCCUGUAAAAACUUUACUAAACACUCAAGCUUUAAUAUUAAACAUAGUUAGCAGGCUUUGAUCAGACUAGCUAGAGAGGUUAAAUUCUGGCUUGCAUUAUGAUUGAGGCGUGUAAUUAAAAUUGAUGAUUGAAUCUUGUAUUUGUAAUCGGUAAAUGCUUAAAUAAGCCUACCAGCUUGGCUGUAUAUAGUAACUGGUCUGGGGAGAGCCAGCUGGAAAACACGAAAAGCAUUGCCAGCUGCUUCAACAAACAGGAUGGAAAUGGAUCGAAAACUUCUUGCCACAGCUCAGCAGAUGCUCCAGGACAGCAAGACAAAAAUUGAAGUUAUAAGGAUGCAGAUUCUUCAGGCAGUCCAGACCAAUGAAUUGGCUUUUGAUAAUGCAAAACCUGUGAUAAGCCCUCUUGAACUCCGAAUGGAAGAAUUACGGCAUCAUUUUAGGAUAGAGUAUGCUGUAGCAGAAGGUGCAAAAAAUGUGAUGAAAUUACUUGGAUCUGGGAAAGUCACCGACAGAAAGGCACUUUCAGAAGCGCAAGCAAGAUUUAAUGAAUCAAGCCAGAAGUUGGACCUCUUGAAGUAUUCACUGGAACAGAGAUUGAAUGAACUUCCUAAAAACCAUCCCAAAAGCAGUAUUAUUAUAGAGGAGCUUUCGUUGGUCUCUUCACCCACAUUAAGUCCUCGUCAAAGCGUCAUAUCUACUCAAAACCAGUAUAGUACACUGUCCAAACCAGCAGCUUUAACAGGUACCCUGGAAGUCAGGCUAAUGGGCUGCCAAGAUAUUUUGGAAAACGUCCCUGGUCGAUCAAAAGCCACAUCGAUUACUCUACCUGGUUGGAGUCCAAAUGAAGCCAGAUCAUCUUUCAUGAGCAGAACCAGUAAAAGUAAAAGUGGGAGUAGUAGAAACCUUCUGAAAACCGAUGACUUGUCCAAUGAAGUCUGUGCUGUGCUGAAGCUGGAUAACACUGUGGUUGGCCAAACCAGCUGGAAACCGAUUUCCAAUCAGUCAUGGGAUCAGAAAUUUACACUGGAACUAGACAGGUCACGUGAAUUAGAAAUCUCAGUGUAUUGGCGUGACUGGAGAUCUCUGUGUGCAGUGAAGUUUCUGAGGCUGGAAGAUUUCCUGGACAACCAGCGCCAUGGCAUGUGUCUCUAUCUUGAACCCCAGGGCACGCUGUUUGCAGAGGUUACGUUUUUUAAUCCAGUUAUUGAAAGAAGACCAAAGCUCCAGAGGCAGAAGAAAAUUUUUUCAAAACAGCAAGGCAAAACAUUUCUCAGAGCCCCUCAAAUGAAUAUUAAUAUUGCCACUUGGGGAAGGCUGGUAAGAAGAGCUAUUCCUACGGUUAAUCACUCUGGCACCUUCAGCCCCCAAGCAGCAGUGCCUGCUGCCGGGCCAGUGGUGGAUGCUCACAUUCCUGAACUGACCCUGCCAGCCAGGUACACAAUAUCUUCAUUCUUAAGUGACUCUCCUGUAGCCAAAUUGGACUUUGAACUGGAGCCCGAGCCUCCACCUGCUCCACCCCGAGCAUCUUCCCUUGGGGAAAUAUGUGAAUCUUCCUCUGAGAUAAAGGCUCCUGAUGUGCCAUCUCAGGAUGAAGUAACAACGUUUGAUUUUGAAAAUGGCAGAAAUAGUAUUGUCCCGAAACUCCAACCUGAAAUAAUCAGUGAGCCUGAUGCUCCCCAUUCAGACAUAAAAUACACCAACACCCGAGAGCCUGAAGAUAGAAGAUCACAACAGCGAUUUCAGUUCAGUCUCAAGGAUUUCAGAUGUUGUGCUGUACUGGGCAGAGGACAUUUUGGAAAGGUGCUGUUGGCAGAGUACAAAAACACAAAUGAGAUGUUUGCUAUCAAAGCCUUAAAGAAAGGAGAUAUCGUCGCUCGUGAUGAAGUAGACAGCUUGAUGUGUGAAAAACGAAUAUUUGAAACUGUGAAUAGUGUCAGACACCCCUUCUUGGUGAACCUUUUUGCUUGUUUCCAAACCAAAGAUCACGUUUGCUUUGUAAUGGAAUAUGCUGCUGGUGGGGAUCUGAUGAUGCACAUUCAUACUGAUGUCUUCUCUGAACCAAGAGCAGUAUUCUAUGCUGCCUGUGUGGUUCUUGGACUUCAGUAUCUACACGAACACAAGAUAGUGUACAGAGAUUUGAAGUUGGAUAACUUAUUGCUGGACACAGAAGGCUUUGUGAAAAUUGCCGACUUUGGUCUUUGCAAAGAAGGAAUGGGAUUUGGAGACAGAACAAGCACGUUCUGCGGCACACCGGAAUUUCUGGCUCCAGAGGUGCUGACAGAAACUUCCUACACAAGGGCUGUAGACUGGUGGGGUCUUGGCGUACUUAUCUACGAGAUGCUAGUGGGGGAGUCUCCCUUCCCUGGAGAUGAUGAAGAAGAGGUGUUUGACAGUAUUGUAAAUGAUGAAGUAAGAUAUCCACGAUUUCUGUCUACAGAAGCCAUCUCUAUAAUGAGACGGCUGCUACGAAGAAAUCCUGAGCGGCGUCUUGGAGCUGGAGAGAAAGAUGCCGAAGAUGUGAAAAAGCAUCACUUCUUCAGGCUAAUAGAUUGGAAUGCUUUACUGGCCAAGAAAGUGAAGCCUCCUUUUGUACCCACCAUUAGAGGACGAGAAGAUGUUAGUAAUUUUGAUGAUGAAUUUACCUCGGAAGCACCUAUCCUCACUCCACCUCGGGAACCAAGGAUACUUUCAGAAGAAGAGCAGGAAAUGUUCAGAGAUUUUGAUUACAUUGCUGAUUGGUGUUAACUUCUAGACACUGUGAAACCCCAGCUGACUGGCUCACAAAAUGCCUCUCUCAGAAGAAUACCGACCCUUCAAAUGCUCUCUGUGCCACCUGUAGCUUCUGGUUUUUUUAAAUCACAUGAAGAUCCUUUUAAGUACUGUUUUAACACUCUUGUGAAGAGUGGCCUCUUUGUAUAUUGUUUUUUAUCUGAGCACUGGAAAGCAGGUCUAUGGAGUUCUUAAGCUGGGUUGGUGAAUCCAGGCUGUAUUAAGCUUCCCACACACGGGCGCAUGUGGAUCUGUACUGUUUCUCUCACGCUUCUACAGCGGAUAACAUCACUUUUUAAAGUAUCUGCUUUAAGUGGGAAAAGCAGCCUUUGAGCUGGGUAAUCACUUAUCUCUGCUCAGCCACAGCGGAACGGGAGUUUGGGAUACUGAUGGCACUCACGCAGAGCAUGGUUCUAGCUGCAGAAGGCAAACGAUUUCAGUUAAAUAUUAUCUUGUGCAGUCUCUAAAACGACACAUUUCUAUGUACACCUUCAUCUUGUGUUCUUAAAAUAACGGUAUUAAGAACAGAUAUGCCUUGUUUUGUAAAUUUUCUACGGUAUUUAUUAGGAAAAACGUUAAACGCCUUGCCUUUGAGAUAACAACUGUGUAAGUGCUUCCAUUACAAAGAAAAAUCCAGAAACAUCCGGAAAGUUUACCAAAGCCACUUGCCAAACAGUUUUGCCUUCAAGCUUUUUAAGCAUGGCUUAAAACCUGGGUUGAUACAAAGAAUGUGACAAGGGUGUUGCUCAGUCUAACCACAAGGAGCAAAGCGUAUGCAUUUCCCCAGCCCAGCCACUUGUGUACUCAAACUCACGCCUUUCCCACUCACCGAGUGGGCAGAUAAGUUCCCCCAGUCCCUAUCUAACCACCUAGGUCAGCCUGUAUCUGCUGUACAAUAUCAUAUCACUUUUAGAAAAACGGGAGGAUUUUCAAUGUUAUACAUGCUGUGAACAUGUAUAUUUGGAAGUUGUAAUGUAUUCUUAUGUCCAGGCAAGUAAUUUAAUUCUACCACUUCAUUAAUUUUGCACAGUGGCCAAGCAAAUGAGAUGGAACUCUGAAUGAAAAAAAUAUUGGUAGACAUAUAGGCCACUGAACUCCAGAACUUAGAUUGGCAGUUACCGAGGGUAAAAGCAAUACGUUGUAACAGAAUGUAUAAAUACUUUUUGAUAAAAACUGUGUGUAUUUUACAAACCCCUUAACACUAAAAGCUGUACCUCAAAAGCUGAAAAAUCACAUAGACCAAACACUGUGCAUACUUGUAAAGCAGGACCUGGUUUUGGCACCUGGUGUUCUGUGGGCAAACAUGAAUUCCUGGAAAACGCAUUUCCCACAUGGUCCUUUGCUGCAGCACCACACGGAGCUGAUGGCCUGUGUAACCUCACGGGGCCAUCCUGGCCAGGAGUUCGCUGUUCGUGGGCUGAGACGCUGAGAAUCAGCACCCGAAUGAAUUCAAACCUGGUAGUUUUACUCAUUGGAAGGAGAAAUGCAAACCCCUUGAGUGUGCAACACUGAGGUGGUUGUUUCCAAUCAUGACGCUGGGCAGACCUGCAGGGUCAGGCAGAGGAGAGAAAAAAGACGGUCCAUAGGUCUAAAUCAGGCAUUCCCCCCCUGGAACGCAGAGGCAGCUUUACCAGCUCUACAAAUCAUGUUUGGCAGAGUGAGUCAAUACUCAGCAUUGCUUGUCUCCAGAUUCUAAUUAAUUAAGACACAAAUGAUGUUCCUGUAUCUAGCUGAAACCAAUACUUUUGAGGUACAGUCAGCUCACCCUUUUCGGUUCCCAAAUAUAUAUAUGAGCAUCUGACAGGGUGCUUAACACGUAUGAAAGUAUCCUCAAAAAUACCUUUUUGUAACUACAUCUUGUACAGAAAUCUUUUUUUAAUCUAAGUAAAUCACUAAAAAAAAAUUAAAAAAAUUAGAGGGCAGGGUCUGUUCACCCAGUUAAGCUGAAAGAAAGCACUAAUUUUAUCUCUGUAGUUUUUUAAAUAUUUUUAGGCAGAUUAAGAUUUUAAACCCUAGAUUGUAAAUAUAUUUUGCUAUACUUUAUCUGUAUGUGGCUGCUCAAGCACUUUGUAAGGAAAUUAGGAUAUUUUAGAAUGGUACACUAUGCAUUAAAAUGAAAUGUGCCUUUAACAAAUGUCAUUCUAAGUGUUUGCAGUCAUUAAUAUCACAAAUUAAAGUUUUAAAUAGAGUAAUUUGUAAA